UUUAUGAUCAAACAUAAAGAUGGUGGUUCUAUAAGACAGGUUUUAAAGUCAAAUUCAACAAGAUUGAUUAAUGUAACCAGUGGACAAAUACCAAAUGUACCAACAGGACCUAUUAGUCCUACUGAUACAAGUAAAUUAGAUUUACAGUACCAAGGUAUCUCGUUGAUAACUCUGUUAGCCACUGUUGGUGAAGACAAUGGACAAUGGUUAUCUAGUAAUUCUUCUGUGAUAUUACAGAUGAUAUUGAUACCAAGUUUCCAAGCUUCGUUUGAGAAUGGUGAUGGUGAUAAGUUGAUAGGGGGUCCACCUGCUCCUGAACAGGACAACGAAGAGAAUAUCAUCAGUGUGUUUAUAAAUAGAAUUAUUGACCCUGAUAACCCCUUUGCCACGUCUGACGCUGUUCGGAUCCUACUCUUACAGUUCUCAUCAUUACUGGUUGAACAAGCUUCACCACAUAUUCAUGAUGCUGCUAAUAA